AUGGGGGCGUCGCUCUCGAGUUGCCUGUGCAUCCGCGGGACAUCCGCCUCUUCAAGGGCCGCGUCGCGGGUUGCCACCUCGUCGAGUGCCGAGUCCACGCAGGCCGACACACAAACAAGGGCGCCUCUCGCAACAUGGAUCUGGAACACGACCAUGAUCACAGAUGCCUCUCAGACGUCCCAGUUCUUCUCGUUCGCCCAGCAACAGGGCCUGCAGAGGGCGUAUCUGCAUGUGGACGCCGACAUCGACAACUCGUAUUUUGGGAACUUCAUCCAACAGUGCAGCGCCAGCGGCAUCGCGGUGGAAGCACUGAUGGGAAAUGCCCAGUGGAUCCUCGGGGGUGGCACGCCCAGCCUGCAGUCCAACCUGGAGUGGGUCGACCAGUACCAGGGCAACGCCUCCGCCGGCGCCAGAUUCUCCGGCAUUCACAUGGACAUCGAGCUGUGGUCCCUGAGCGACUGGCAGUCGAUGCUUGGUACAUAUAUACCCGCGUGGGAGAACAUUGUCACCAGCGUGUCCGCCUUCGCGAGGUCACACGGCAUCUCCGCCGCAGCUGACCUGCCCUUCUGGGCAUAUUCCAUGUCCGACCCAACCACCGGCCAGGCCAUGGACUCGUGGAUGCUCAAUGCCCUGGACUCCAUCACCUUCAUGACCUACCGCAACUCGGUCAGCGAGCUGUUUGAAGUGGCCGAGAAGCCACUCGCCGCCGCCGACGCCGCCGGCAAGCAGGUCUACGUGGCGGUCGAGACGGUGGCCAGCACCGAGGCAAUGGUCAGCUUCAAGGGCCUGGCGACGGUGACCUCGCUCUCCACCAGCCUGCAGUCCAUCAAGAUCGAGUGCUCCAACCACACGAGCUUCGCGGGCAUUGCCGUCCACGAUUACGCAGGGUGGUUGGCUCUGGGCUAG